UGCAGCACUGUUAGGUUGUUGGUAGCAGUGUGAGCUGAUAACCCGCGCUGGGAUGUGUGUGUAUCUGAGAGUUGUUUUUAACAUGUGAACAGAGGAAAAUAACGGAAUAACUUUGAUAUUUUGUUACGGAACCACGGGGGAGAGUUUGUACCGUAGAUAGGAGUCCUUCGGACGAGAUAAGUUGGCGAAGUUGGUCCAGAGGCCUGAGUGUCAUGCCAGAGGGGUCCCAUUCUGUUCUCCACCAGGGCCCGAUGGGGGAAGAAUCUUCUCAGCUGUCCUCACCACUCUCUAACGGUGAAAAUGACCAUCAGCACCUUGACUUGGGCCCGGACUGUUACAGCCAGCUAUGUGAGGAGCCCCUGGAUGGAGAACGUGAGCGUCCAGUGAGCCUAGUGUCCACCCUGUCCUCUGGUUCGUCCCGGGAUAGCCGCAGCCUUUAUGGUAGCACUGUAGCCCUCCCUUCCUCUACCACCCCACCCAUACAGAACGAUGAGGACAUAGACUUGGAGCUGAGCCCUGCUGGAAGCAACGGAGAGACGGCAGGGGAUCACAGUACCGCCCUUAAAGGCACCAGGAACCACUGGCAGGAACAGCUGGAGUCCAGGGUAAUCAGCAACCAGUGGAACAACAACACCACCUCCGACAGGAAGGCAAAAGGUGAAAUACCUCACAUCUACGCCUCACCUGUCGUCACCAGCGCCAUGGCGCCCAAUCCAAAGCUGACCUAUGUGGACCGUGUCGUCAUGGAGAUCAUCGAGACGGAGCGCAUGUACGUUAAGGACCUGCGCAGCAUCGUUGAGGACUACUUGGCUCACAUUAUUGAUAUGAACAACCUUCCUAUCCGGCCAGAGCAGGUGUGUGCGCUGUUUGGAAACAUAGAGGACAUCUAUGAGUUCAACAGUGAGCUGCUACAGUCCUUAGACAUGUGUGAAAACGACCCGGUGGCGAUCGCUCGAUGCUUCGUAGAUAAGAGUGAAUCCUUUGACAUAUACACUCAGUAUUGCACCAACUAUCCAAACUCAGUGGCUGCACUGACCGACUGCAUGAGGAGUAAAACUUUGGCCAAGUUCUUUCGGGAUCGACAAGCUGCUCUGAAGCGCUCUCUACCUUUGGGCUCCUACCUGCUGAAGCCAGUGCAGAGGAUCCUGAAAUAUCACCUGCUGCUACAGGAAAUUGCAAAGCACUUUGACCCAGAUGAAGAAGGCUAUGAGGUUGUUCAGGAGGCUAUAGACACCAUGACCGGAGUGGCCUGGUACAUCAACGACAUGAAGAGGAAACAUGAACACGCUGUCAGAGUGCAGGAGAUCCAGUCUCUUCUGAUCAACUGGAAGGGUCCGGACCUGACCACCUAUGGAGAGCUGGUACUGGAGGGCACCUUUCAUGUCCUGCGGGCCAAGAACACCCGUACACUCUUCCUCUUCGAAAAGAUGCUCCUCAUCACCAAGAAAAGAGGGGAACACUACGUCUACAAGACCCACAUCUCUUGCUCCACACUGAUGUUACUGGACAGCGCAAAGGAUCCCCUGCUUUUCAGUGUAAUCCACUUCAAACACCCCAAGCAGCCUCAUACAGUGCAGGCUAAGUCAGUGGAAGAGAAGCGUCUCUGGGGCCAUCACAUUAAGAGACUCAUACUUGAGAACCACAACACCAUCGUCCCACAGAAGGCUAAAGAAACCAUCCUGGACAAUUCAAACUAUCCGGGGAUGUACCACUACAGCCCCGAGAGGUUGAAGAAAGCUGAGUUCUGUCGAGCUGAUGACUUCCAUCUAGGAGGGCGAAAUGGGAGAAGGAGAUCAGAGCCUGCUAAACAAAUCAUAAGGACCACAAAAGCUGUGUUGAAGCAUGCAGACAGUGAGGGUGCACUGCUGGGGGAGAGGUGCUCCCUUCAGCCUGCCACUAGUGUCAGUACGCUGGCCUCCAGCAUAGGCGAGCCCCAGUCUGAGAGCCCGUGCGCUGAGGAUCAGAUUCCCAGAGGGGGGUCUCUGGAGCAGCUAAGUCCUCCUGACAGUGACCCCAAACUGGGCCCUUCACCCAGCGAGGGGGAGCUGCAGCAGGAGAAGGCAGAGGAGGCAAAUGAAGAAGAGGAGAAGGAGGAGGGGGAGAAUUACAAGGAAGAUUUACUGAUGGGAGACGACCAGGUAGCCGACUUUGCCAGCUCAGUGCUGGCAGCCAUCUCCUGCUGGCACUAUAGAGCCAGGGCUUUGCUUUCUACUCACUUCACAACGGAGGAUCAGAACGGAGAACCAACUGAAGUGAAAGCUGCACUGAGAGAUGAGACAGAAACUCACAGGCAGGAGGAAAUGCAUGUAGAUGUGGCUGUUAAAGAAUCAGUUGACAAACAGGUCAGUGUGGAGGAGCUGUGCCCUCUAAAAUGUAUCCUGCCAGUAAAGGAGGUCAGUCAGACGGAGCUCCAGCAACCCCAGCGCACAGAGCCUCCCGUCUCCCCUUUGCAACAAAAAGUGGUCACACCAGAACCUCAGGACACUUCAACAGAAAGUGUAGAGGAUGAAGAAGGGGGGAGUGAUUCCUCUGGUCUCAUCGUGGAGGAGACAAGCGUGCUGACAAACGGGGAGCUCUCAGAAGAGGAAGAGGAGGUGAUUUCAGAUAACAAAAGCCUCUUACCUUCAUCUGUACUGGACCAGGCGAGCGUGAUCGCAGAGCGCUUUAUCAGCAGCCUGUCCAGACGGAGCAGUCUGGUCUCAGAUGAUCUGGGUCCUCUCGCUUGCCCCUCACCCACAUUUGAAAAUGACGUCUUUAAAAGCCCCUCAGCCUGCAUGGACCUGGAGUCCCAGACUCAAGUGUUGGCUAGCUCUACUCCAGAGCCACAGGGGUCCACUGAGCCUGAUACACCCACGUGUGCACAUGAACCAGCACCAGAACAGGAGCGCAGGUCCACUCUCUCCAAACAAGACCGCCUCCUUAUCCACAAGAUCAGAAGAUACUACGAGCACGCUGAGUACCAAGAUGCUAACUUUAGCAUCAAGAGAAGGGAGAGCCUCUCUUAUAUCCCAGCAGGUCUGGUUCGACAUCUGAGCCGACAGCUCAACAGUACCCCGCAGGAGGCUGUUUCAGUUCACAGGAAGGGACUCUCAAGAAACCGCCCAACAUCGUGGUCUGUGUUUGACCUUCCUGGCUUAGAUAAUAGUAAAAAUGCAGAAAGUCUUCAAAAAUCUUCAAGUCCCCAAAAUGAACCUCAGGAGGUAAAAGCUAGAUCUCAGAGCAUCACAAACUCCCCUACCAAAGAAGAAGAGUUUACAUCAUCGUCGGACAUGGUCAAGGUUUGGGAAGAUAUGGAGUCAAAGACAGAAGGCCAGGAAGUGCAGCAGGCUAAAGGUGAGAACAUUUGUGACUCCAGAUCAGAAGUAACACCAGAAAUCUGCCCAGAAACCUCUGACAUUCAACACAGUGAGCAACCACCUCAGGUUUUAGAGGAGUCUGAAACCAGCAACACCUCAGAUGGCUCCUCUGUCUCAUCUCCUCCCAGAACAGUCCCAGCAGGGGAGACACCAGUAACUGAAGAAAAAUGCCACUUCAAUCAAGCCAACCUACCCAAGAUUAUUAGUUUCAGGACCAGUAUGGAGGAAGACCAGAUCUUACAAGACAUGGGAAAGAUGAAAAACAAGGUGUUCCAGCUGGCUCGUCAGUACAGUCAGCGUAUAAAGAAUAACAGACCCAUGAUCUGGCAGAGGAACCGAGAACAACAACAACAGGGUGUAAAGAGUGUGCCUGCUAUCCACGAAGAGAAGAUGCAAUCAAGGAAAAAGGGGAAGGCCAGCUUGAGGUUGUCCCUGAACUCCAGCGAUCAGGCAGUCAUCCAUGAAGAACGUUCUCCAAGUCCAGUCAAGACCCCCAGCUCAGGAGCCGGCUCCCAGAGCAUACUGACGGGCCCACAGAGCCCACAGUCGGACACCUUCCACUGGCCAGACGUUCAGGAGCUGCGUACCAAAUACACAGAGACCUCCCACACCAAAGUAACCCGCAGCAGCACCAUCCCAAACGGGAUGCUGGAGUUCUGUGCGGACAAGUGUAACGGCUCCUCAUAUAAAUACAGCAGCUCCUCCGACCUCCAUAAAGCUCUGACAGACUGCUCAAGGACACAGCAUGCAUCUGUGAACAAGGGAGGAGGCUCUCUCGUAGAGGAUUGGCCCCAGACCAGACCCAAGCCUCAGGCCCGGCUCCAGCCCCUGCUGUGCAGGUGGAGCUCUUUGGACCACAUGAUACCCCUACAUGAGGUGCAGAACCUUCAGGAAGCUGUGAAGACGACCUGCUGCACGACCAGCCAGGUGGGUCUGCUAACAAGAGAGACUGAAGAACCUCUCCAGGAGGACAAAGACUGUUCGACAAAGUCCGCUGUGCUGACUGCAGGGAAGAUUGCAGAGAGUAAUCUGGUGAAAAGCUUACGGGAGAAGUUUCAGAGUUUAAGCACAGGCUCAUGAACUUUUGAAAUAUGUACAUUUUUAUUAUCAGGGACUGUCACGUGGGAACAUUAUCUGCCAGUAACCUGAUGCUUCUAAUCUUCCCUUCUUCCCCCAAAGAAUGCAACUUGUUAUCUGCACAUUGUUUAGUACAUUAUAAAAGACACGGUGGUGAUGUUUAUACCAGUGUUAACUUAAAGGGAUUUUUAUUGGUCACUGGGGAGAAAACAUGAUUUCUUUAAAAGAGGUGCGUUGCAAUAUUUGUACAUUAAGAACUUGUUUGAACUGUAAAAAAGUAUGUAAAUAGUCCCCUGUAUGAACUGAAGAUUAGUCUAUAUAAUUAGAGUAUCUGCAUCUAUCACCCUCCCACUGUUGGUGAUUCCUGACAUCAUCUAAACAACGCUAUUGUCAUUUAACCAUAACUGUAAGCUGGAGUUUCAGGGAGAAGCAAGACCAAGCUAAAGUCUGACUGACGACGCCAAAGAGGGUUGUUUUUAACAUUUAUUGACCUUCCACAUCUACUGAAGCUGCUUUUAAAUCUGUUUUCACAGACUGUAUCACUGGAGCUUUAUUUUCUCAUCAAGUUGUAUAUUUGCUUAAACAUUAUUUAUGAAACUGUAUAUUUGACAGAGCUUAGCCUCAUGUAAAUACCUGCCAUAAGCAGCCCUCUUUUGUUUUUUUCCAUUCCAGAUUAUAUAUUGUUUCAUACUUGAAGUUUCACAUAUUUUCAAU